AUGAAGCUUAUCCUUGCCCUCGUUCUGAGAUUCUUCUGUCUCCAGACAUGUGCGGUGGCUCAACAAUUACCCACGCGCGAUGCGUGGUGGUACUCGGUCUGUCGUGGCUCGCGGCUUAGCCAAGCCAUGGUAUGGUCUCCACCAUACGCGACCGACUACUUGGACCCCAUCGACAGUCCAUGGGACGGUGUUAUGCACCAAGAGUUCGCGCAAUGGGGCUAUAUGGAAUCGGAAAGGUCUCAACUAUGCGAUUUUGGCACUUUCUGGGGUCUUGGUAGAGCAUUUGGAAGCCUUGGUAUCGAUCCACGGUCGAACUUCAAUCACGGACCUAACCGGUGCUUUCGUAUCAGUCACGGAGAUCCAACGAGGAAGCGACCAGACGGUCGUUCGUGGCCACUCUCGGAGCAAACCUACAUCUCUCCAAAUGGAAGGUCGAACAGAGUCACUGGCGCCUUCUCCGACAUCGGUGUAAACCCUGACACGGGUGUGGUAUUUUUCAUGAGCAGGAGGAGUGCGAUCGAAUCAGCCAGGAUCUUAUGGCGACAAGACCCACCAUCAUGGAACGAACUUCCAGGACUGCGGAGUAAUUCCGACUUUGCAUGGGCCUUUUGGAAUCGAAUGCCGCACUUCACCCCAAUAACAGCGUUUUGGAGUAUAAGUGUUAGCAAUCGGCAGACAUUGAACAUCCUGAACCUCGCCUUCAGGACUUAUAAGCCGCCACCGGGGCAACAAAAAGUGAACAGCAUCCAAGACUGGCCUGGAACCGACUUUGAAAUAACUUCGAUCGAAGCACUCGCUAUUUUAGGCGAGUGCAAUCCAUCCAUGAUGGCGGCGAACAUUCAUGCUUUCGGGAAGCUUUAA